AUGACACCGAAUUCAUUUAUUACAGAGCUCGAAGAAGCAGUUUCAUGUCAAAAUAUUAAUUUAUUCGAUUACAACGAAUUUACAGAUUUUGAGAGGAUAAAUCGUGGUAAACUUAGUGAAGUGUAUAAGUGUAAAUGGAAAGAUUAUGAUCGUAUAGUUAUUCUUAAGAGUCUGAACAUUGAUAGCAAUCUUCAAAUUAUUCGAGAGAAUACAGAAAACAUUUUGAUUCAUAAAGAAAGAAUGAUGAUUUCUUAUUCGAUUUCUAUUGACAAUAUGCAUGUAACUUACGUAGCUCCAGAAGUUUUGCUUACUAAAACAUACACACAUAAGGCAGAUAUAUACUCAUUAGGUAUUAUUUUGUAUGAAAUAACGACAGGAUUAUCUCCAUAUUAUAAUAUUCCGGACGAUGUUGAUUUGACGAGUAACAUUUGUAAUGGAAUAAGACCAGAACUUCCAAAUUCAACGCCAAAGUUAAUUUCACAAAUUAUCAGUCAUUGUUGGGAUGCAAAGCCUUCUCGACGACCAAAUAUUGAGAAAUUAUUAACUCAUUUGCAUUUAGUUAUCGAAAAAAAUGAAAACCCGGUAGAUAUAGAUGAUGUUAGUUGUCAUGAAGGAGUUUGGGAAGGUUUUUGA